AUGAAAACGAUUGAUAAAAUGAACAGUUUUCGCUUUGGACUAACAACUGUCCUAAGUGUUGUUACUAUCCUAGCUACUAUUAUCAAUUGUGGUUAUUCGAUCAGUACUCCAAAUAAAGAAGAUUUCUUUACUAUUAAUAUUACUAUGAACAAUUAUGAGACCAAACAGGAAGAUGAAUAUGGAUAUCUUCAAUAUAAAUUACCAGAUGAAGAAUUAUUAAUUGUUGGAUAUUUACCGUUGAUCAAUAUGAAUUCAGUUCAUCAUAUACUUUCAUUUGCCUGUGUACAACCAAGCUCUGAUAAACCAUACUGGACUGGAGGUAACGCAUGCAACGGUCAGCAAAUGAUUAUCCAUGACUGGGCUCGAAAUGCACCCCUAUUAACACUACCCGAAGAUGUCGGUAUUGCUGUUGGGAGUAAUACUCCAUACAAAUAUAUUGUUGUUAGUAUUCAUUAUCUCCCAAUUUUGAAAAAUGAUAAUUCUGGAAUUCAAUUAAUUAUGACUCGAAAAUCACGUAAAUAUCAUGCAGGUAUCGUGCUAGGUGGUACGAGUGAUAUCUAUCUGAAACCAAAAACACAUACUAUUCGAACUCCUUUUUCAUGUCAAUACAGCGGACCACCUAUUUCUAUCUUUGCUGUUCAUGUUCAUACCCAUCAAUGGGGACGAGUUAAUUCGUUGUAUCGAGUACGUGAUGGAGAAAUUUCACAAAUUGUCAAAAGUAAUCCGCAAUGGUCUCAAGCAUUCUAUCCACUUCCAUCAGCUGUUGAAAUUCGAAAUAAUGAUUAUAUGGUUGGUCAAUGUGUCUAUGAUAAUGAUGAUGAUCGAGUUAUUAAAGUCGGACGAACACAUAACGAUGAAAUGUGUAACGUAUAUGCGAUGUAUUCAUAUGAACCACCAAAAACAUCAAGUGGUGAAAGUAAGCGUGACUCACCUCCAAUUCGAAUAUGUUGGGGUAAUGGAGCCAGAAAAAUGGCAAGUCUCAUUCCUCCAGAGAGUGACAUUCCUCUGCUUAAACCAGCUAAUAUUGAUGGAAUACGCAAUGAUCGUCAGGCUCAUACUGAACAUACAAUGAAUUCAUUCAAGACUAAUUUAUAUAAAAAUGUCCAAGAUUGGCCUGAUAUUAAGUCAUUGCCAAUUCAAUUUGGUGAAAUAGGUGGCAUUGCAUUAAAUAAUGCAAAUAAUGAACUUAUUGUAUUUCAUCGUGGAUCUCGAAAAUGGGAGUCGGAACAUUUUAAUCAAUAUCGUUUUCGUCAUGAAGAUUAUGGUCCAAUUGAAGAUGAUGUUCUUAUUCAUAUUGAUACACAUACAGGAGAAACAAAAUUUCGAUGGGGUGCUAACAAAUUUUUUAUGCCACAUGGAUUAACAAUAGAUCACGAAGGAAAUUAUUGGUUAACUGAUAUUACUAUGCAUCAAGUUUUUAUGUUUAAACCAAAUGAUUUAAAUCAACCAGCAUUGGUUAUUGGAGAAAUGUUUCAAUCUGGUUCGGGACAAAAUAAAUUUUGUCGACCAGCUGAUGUUGCUGUUAUGAUAAAUGGAGAUUUCUUUGUCGCCGAUGGUCGUAUUAUUAAGUUUAAUCGGAAGGGAGAAUAUAUCACGGAAUGGGGUUCAUCAAUGACAGGAAAGCUUGAUAGUGAUGGUUUUCCAUUACCUAAUGAAUGGAAUAUUGUUCAUUCAAUAGCAUUGAAUGAAGAUGCACAAUUAUUGUGUGGUGCUGAUCGGGAAAAUUUUCGUAUCCAAUGUUUUAAUUCAAAUACAGGAGAAUUUCAACGACAAAUACGUAUUGAGAACAAAGAAACGAUUGGUGCAAUUUAUGCUAUUGAAUUUGCACGAAAUACGAAUGGAACAAUUUUAUUUGUUGUUACCGGUGGAACACAAACAUCGAACAAAAAAGUUUAUAUGAUUGAUGCACAAAAUGGAGAGAUAUUAACAUCAUUUGAUUCAAAUCCACAUCUAAUUACUCCUCAUGAUAUUACUGUGUCAACAAAUGCUCGUGAAAUUUAUGUUGGUGAAUUAGCAUCAUCACCUAGUAAUGUUUUACAUAAAUUUGAAUUAUCUAAGCAAAGAGAUGAUUCGAAGGAAACAUUCAAUAAACGAAUCAAUGUCAGUGAUGAAAACUUCCGUACUUCCUUAAUUAUAAUGGCUGUCUUUACCAUUCCUGUUCUUGCUUCUGUGAUUAUCGGAUGUAAAUUUGAUCGCUUGAAUAUAUUCCUCAAUGUUGCUAACAACGGUGAUACUGACAGUAGCUCAGAUCUUGGUGGUUGGAUAUAUCGACGAAAAGGUUUUAUGAAACUAGAACAACAUUCUGAUGGAGAAAAUGAACCAUUAGAUAAUCAUGUUGCAGAUGAUUCAAAUAAUAAUUCUGAUGAUGAAACCAUAACUAUUACAACAAAACAACAAGCAACAACAUUUAAUAAUAAAAAAGAUAGUAUUACAUCUGAAACAGACGACGACCUUUAA